AAUAAGGUUGUUAGGAAUAAUGGGAGAUCGUUUUAGAAAUAAUCCUUCAACUUCAACAAGCUCUUCUUCCUCUUCAGGAGAAGACAGUCCCUCAACAGAAGACUCCCCAGGAUGCAGUGGGCUAGGCAAAGCAGUGAAACGAAAAAUGGACGAAGUCGUUCAACCACUAGAUAUGUACAGCUCGGUGGCGAAUAAGAUGAUGAGAAAGAUGGGAUAUCAGCCGGGUACGGGGUUGGGGAGGGAAAAGCAGGGAAGGGUGGAUAUUGUGCCCGCAUCGGAGCAGCGAGGGAGGAGGGGGUUGGGGUUGAAGAUUAAAGCUUUGAACAAGGAUGUUGUGAUCGAUUGGGAGGAUGAGAAACCUCCAAGUGCGGAAGAAGUUGUGGAUUGGUUUCCUCCAUAUGAUGGUGGGAUGCCUGAGAAAGGAGAGAUGGAAGCAUGGGCAGAUGUUGGGAAGAAGAAGUUGGUUAUUGAUGACGAGACUUUGUUCUGCGAUAAUGGGGUGUUAAAGACGGUGUUGGAGUGUAAGUCGAUAUUCGAUGAUUUAGAAGGACAGGAGAUGCGGAAAGCAAGGAUGAGGUCGAACCCGUAUGAAACUAUACGUGGAGGGAUAUUCCUUAAUAGAGCUGCGAUGAAAAUGGCUAACAUGGAUUCGAUAUUGGAUUUCAUGUUCACACAGCCAAAGUGUUUGGGGAAUAAUGAAAUUUUAUAUUUUGCUGAUGUCUGUGCUGGACCUGGUGGGUUUUCGGAGUAUAUUUUAUGGAAGAAAAAGUGGAGAGCUAAGGGAUUUGGAUUUACAUUGAAGGGACCGAAUGACUUCAAACUUGGCGAUUUCUUUGCAGCGAAUUCCGAGUUUUUUGAGCCCCAUUAUGGUGUGAAUGGAAUAGAUGGGAAUGGAGAUAUAAUGAACACAAGUAAUUUGGAGGAAUUCCAAGACUUUGUUUUGACCAACACAAACGAAAAAGGCGUUCAUUUUGUAAUGGCUGACGGAGGCUUUUCAGUAGAGGGUCAGGAAAACAUUCAAGAGAUUCUGACAAAACAACUUUUGAUGUGCCAGAUUGUGUGUGCGUUGUCCAUACUACGUGUGGGUGGGAACUUUGUGUUGAAAACAUUUGAUCUUUUCACCCCUUUUUCAAAUGGGUUAAUUUACUUGCUUAGAAUUGCGUUUGAAAACGUGGCCAUCUAUAAACCAGUGACAAGUCGGCCAGCAAACUCAGAAAGGUACGCAGUCUGCCAAGGUUAUCGGGAUGAAGACCGACAAUUGUUCAACUACUUGAUUGAAAUUAACGAUCAAAUGAAUGAAUUCAAAAAGUCUAGCGUCAAUCAAGAUGUAAAAGCUGUUGUGCCAUUGGAGAUACUGACUGGUGAUCAGGAGUUCUUUAAUUACAUGAAGACAUCAAAUGAAAGCAUUGCAAAAGAACAAUGUAAAGGCCUUGCAAAGAUUCACGCCUUUACCAAGGACCGUUCAUUAAGAGAAACCAAACAAGCGCAAGUUAGAUUGGAAUGUUUAAAGAAAUGGCAAGUCCCAGAUAGAGUUAGAUCUGCACCACAGAAAACUGAUGUCUCUUCGUUGUUUUAUAAACUUACCGGCCUAAAAGAGCCGCAUGCUAAUAGUGAGAGCAAAAUGUUAACAAGUGAUAACUUGUUGAGUUCCAUCAGAGGUGUGUUUAACUACAAGUGCUAUGUGUCCUCUGUGAACAGCAGUAUACUUGUAAGUAUGGGAGGCUCUUAUAUCUUCCUUUGGAACAAGAACAACAGGAGAUGGUUGAACCUGACUCAGCUUAAAUGUUUAAUUCCUCGUGAUACAAUUCUUGAAGUUGAAAUUGCUCAAGAGUUGAAAGGAGAAUCAAAAGGCCAACAUAGAGUGACAACAAUUCAUAUUGUGGACGCUCUCUUCUUGGCUGGUGAUGAUAUGAGAGCUUUAAACUACGCAGAGAGAAUGCAGAGUGCUGCAAUAUUUGCUGAAGCAAUUCGUAAACCGAGUUGUAAACAUCUGAACCUUGUGAGAACUAAAGAAAUCUUCAGGUUAGAAGAUGCUGGGAAGAUAUUUACCCAACUUAAGCUCAAAACAGUCAAGGGUGGUGGUUCAAUACCUCGCCCAUGUUAUGAGAUCACUAACAGUGAUUUAUGUUUUGUGCCUCGUGGAAUUGUGUUUGUUCGUACAUCUCAGGACCCAUGGUCCAUGGAAUACAGUCGCUCACAAAACCGUAAAUAUUUCUUCAACAUGCGAACAAACGAGUCUGUGUUCGAAUGCCCCCCGGACUUCAACGCACCUUAUGACAUUUGCUCCACUUCACGCCUAAUAUGGGAAUGGAGGGACGGGGUCAAAGUUCACCCUGAUCAACAGCAUCAUCGUGUGAACAAUAUUUCAACCGACCAACUUUUAAACUUCGUUCGUUCAAAACUUCCGCAUUAAGUUUCAUUUCUUCAAAUGUUAAUUUUAUGAUUUUUUGCCAAGUUCCUAUUCAUAGUUUUAUUAUGCAAAUGGUAUGUCAAAUCACUUAUGUAUGCGUAGUAGUGUGGAUUUGGUUGUGUCGAUCAUAGUUUCUGUUUUCUAAAUUAGAAAUGUGUGUACUUAUAAUGACUUGCGAAGCAUGCGUUGUUAACAUUACUUUUGUAACUCUGUUCAUUGUUUCAAACAUUUGAAUAACUACACACUUGGAUUCUUUAGAUUCUUUGGUACUGUUUGUGGUGCAACUAAUUUCAAAAACUUAUCAUAAUUAUACAGUUUUAUACAAUACAUGCUGUAACUGUUCCUAAAUUAUUGCUAAUUAAUGUUUCACUGAACACUUGGCCCUGGGUCGACAAAAGUUUGUGUUUCAUUCACCCUGUAAUGAUAAGUUGUAAACCUAAUGCCGUAAUAAUAUUAGAUCCAUGGCCAUUGAAACUAUAAUUAGAUGUCCCAAGGCAUCAUAUAUCAUUUAUGCAGUUUAGAAAUUAUAAUUUUGGCUGUUUCUAUACUUUUCCGAUCUUGAUUUUGAGUUGUUUAUUUUUGUUAAUUAUUUUCAUCUGUGUUUAGAACCCAAUAUUGGUCUAAUUUACAGUUUAUCAUACCAAUAUUAAUGGUGUAAACACACUAUACAUGUCUUUCAUGCUAAAUAUGUGAUUGCUAUUUUCUUUUAAAG